AUGGCCUCCUCCAGUGCAAGAGGAAACUACAGCCACCCGUCACUAGAGGACGAUGACUUGAUCGACCCUGAUGAUGCUGAUCUCAACGACUUCGAUGACCCCCUCGGGAACCAGUCCUCUCGUCAACCGCUGGCAGGAAACAUCGGCUCCAGCUCCUCGUCUCGACCACUCAACGAGAAUUACCUGACGUCGUCAAUUCCGGGCGAGGAUCGUCGAGCACCGCAGAAUACCAUCGAUGAGACGGUCUGGGAGACGCUGCGUCGCGACUUGCUUGCCGUCUGGGCCAAGCUGAGAGAGGUCCUGUACCCCCGAUACUUGCUAGGGGGGACAAUGUUCGAUUCCGAAGGUGGCCUUCGCGGCGCCUACUCCAACCUCCGCGGUGCUGGCAUAUCAGGCACGAGGGAGGAGCUGACUGGCCUUGCCAGCCGCGUCAUGGACGCCGAGGCUCUCCUGCAGAGCAACAUGAGCCCAGGCCUGCGGGACUGGGACUUGUGGGGGCCGCUCAUUUUCUGCCUGCUUCUCAGCCUGCUCCUCAGCUUCACUGCCCGCGCCGACCAGAAAGACGCCGUGUUCAGCGGUGUUUUUGCCAUGAUUUGGCUGGGAGAGGCCGUCGUCACGCUUCAGAUCAAGCUCUUGGGCGGCAACAUCUCCUUUGCCCAGAGCGUUUGCAUCAUCGGCUACACCCUGUUUCCGCUGGUGCUGGCUGCUCUCAUGUCGGCCCUCAAGCUUCACUGGAUUGCGCGCAUCCCGGUCUAUCUGGUGCUCAUCUCUUGGUCUCUCGCGGCCGGCGUGAGCAUCCUCGGCGGAAGCGGCGUUGUCAAGAAUCGCGUUGCAAUCGCCGUCUAUCCGCUGCUCGUCUUCUACUUGGGACUGGGCUGCCUGUGCUUCAUCAGCUGA